AUGGGGGUGAAUGUCUCAAAUGAUUUCAUGAGGUUGGCGUCCACGUUUCUUAACUGUACAGUGGGUGUGUUACCGUUCAAAUACUUAGGCCUUCUGGUUGGCGCCAAUUCUGGGUGUGAUGCAACUUGGGAACCACUGCUUGUAUUUCUCCGAAAAAGAUUAGGUUUGUGGGGCAAUAAGUAUGUUCGUCGAAUACAACGGGAGUUUCUUUGGGGCGGUCGGAGUGGAAGAAAGAAGAUUAGUUGGAUUAAGUGGGAUAUUGUUUGUCUUCCUAAGAAGAAGGGUGGGCUUGGUGUGAGAGACAUUCGCAUGGUGAAUAUCAGUUUAUUGGCAAAAUGGCGAUUGAGGCUUCUUCAUGACGAACAAGCAGUGUGGAAGGAGGUUCUGAAGAGUAAGUAUGUUGUGGGUGUGGUGGGCAAGACGGAGCUGGGAGAGGAGUACAAGCCUUGGUUUGCAUCCCUGUGGUGGAGAGACAUAUGUUCAAUUGGAUCGAAUCUUAACCAUAAUUGGUUUGAUCAAAGUGUGGUUAAAAAAUUGGGCAAUGGUAUGUGUACAAGUUUCUGGAAGGACACUUGGGUGGGAGAUAGGCCGUUAUGCGAUCGAUUCCCUCGCCUUUUCUCUAUUUCCACUCAAAAAGAUGCGUUGGUAGCAGAUGUUAGAAAUCCAAACAGUAGUAUAGAGCGAUGGAGGAUGUUAUGGCGUCAGAGAUUUUUUGAAUGGGAAACCUGUUUGUUCAAUGAGUUGAUGAAGCUAAUUAAUACGGCGAAACUUCUAGAUGAAGAAGACCGAUGGGGCUGGGUGCCGGAAGGAGGACAGGUUUUCACGAAAGGGGUUGAUUAUGAUUGGGAACGCGGUGGUUUGGAACCUUUGGAAAUGCCGAAACUCUGUCCUGUUCGAAGAUGGGAGGGUGACUAUCGCGGAACUGGUGGAAAGAAUCAAGGUUUCGUCUUGGAAGUGGUGGUUGAGUCGAUCAAAGGCUGCUCCUUGUCUGCUAUUCGAAUGGCGUGUGGAACCUAG